CAAGCAUUCAAUACAUCAAAAGCAUGAAACAAAUGCGAUGAAUCGCUAUUACCAUUGAUUUUGUAUAAAUGUACAAAUUUGGCCAAUCAAGUGAUCAGAUCUGCAAAUUUUACCUCUUCAGCAUUUCAACACAAGAUAUAAUAACAUUUGGUAGGAAGUUCAUAUGCAGCAAUACUCGGACUUUAGCAUGAUCAGUCAUGUCAGCUAAGCCCCAAUUGCAAAGUGGUGAACGCUCUUCCAUUUGGAAAUCUUCUAGUGCUAAAAUUCCUCAACCAAAGUUCUUCAAGAUUAUACUUUCUCAACAUGAAUGCAGCCGUCUAAGGAUUCCGGAAGACUUUGCGAGCAGAUAUUGCAAGAACAUGCUAAACCCUGUGUAUCUUGAGGUUCCCACUGGAGAAGUAUGGGAGGUUGAAGUGGUUCAUUCUCAAGGCCAAAUUUGUCUAGGCACUGGAUGGCAAGAUUUCAGCGAUUUCUAUUCAAUAAGCUGCGGGCACUUUUUGAUGUUUGGAUACAAUGCUCGUUCUCAUUUUAAUGUCACUAUAUUUGAUUUGAGUGCAUCAGAAAUUGAAUAUCCAUACAGUUCUGCCCAUGGCAUACACAUUGCCAUUUCUUAUUCCCAUGAAACACGCCAUGCACCAGAAAGAGACCAGUCCGUGUCGGAUGAUUCGGUAGAGAUCAUUGAGGGUAUUCCCAGAAGCCAGAAAGCGAACGCGAUAAUUCCUGAUAUGGUUGAGAAUUCUGUUGAGAACCUAGACCAUUGUCCAUUAGGACAGUCCAGCAAAAGACAAAGACAAGAAGGAGAUGCAGAGGAUGAUGUUUCUGUUGACAUGCAUAUAAAAAAAAUGAAGGUUGAGAAGUUGCAAGAGGAUGUAGCUUCACCUUCUUUCAUAAGAAAAGACCAAAAAAGAAAUAAAGGCUGCAGGAUGCACAAGCAACAAUCCAAGAGUGUUUAUGGUCAAAACAAGGCAGUAAUGGACAAAAAGAGCACUGUAGCAUAUCAAAGAGCAAAAGCUUUUAAGUCCAAAAAUCCAUUUAUUAUAUCUUUUAUGCAACCAUCAUAUGUAUUCUCUCCAUUCAAUCUGUCCGUAGCGCUGAAAUUUGCCAGGAAGUAUUUCCUUGAGAACUAUGGCAAUUUAGUGCUCCGUGUUCCAGGCAGAGGCAGGGGAUCUUGGUCUGUCAAAUGCACUACCAGAGGCACAAAUGCUACAGUUUAUUCUGGUUGGAAGGCAUUUGUGCUGGACAAUAAGUUAAAAUGUGGUGACGUUUGUGUAUUUGAAGUGAUUAAGGGCACUCGGCUUUUUAUAGAUGUCACAAUAUUUCGCACAGCUUGGAGCACACUAAUGCACAAGAUAGUUGGAGAAGUGCCAGGGGGUUCUGACAGUAAAAGCAAUGUUAUCAAAACUGAUAACUGUGUUCCAUGUUCACAACCCAUAGUAGUUCACACCAAGAAAUUAAAGCAGCGGACAGGAGAAGAACAUGGUGAAGGCACUGAGAUUGAGCAUUCUGUUGAGAUUUUGGGCCAUUGUCCGUUAGUACAUGGAAGCAAAAGAAAAAGACCAGAAGGGGAGGCAGAGGGUGAUGUUUCAAUUGACCUUCACACCAAAAGUAUCAAUGUGGAAAACACACAAAAGCAUGUCACUUCACCUUCUAUCACAAGAAAAACCAAAAGAAGCGGAGAAAGUUGCAGGAUGCAAAAGCAACAAUCCAAGGUGGUUUAUGCUAAGAACAAGACAGUAUUGGACAAAGAGAUGUCUAUAGCAUAUCAAAGAGCAAAAGCUUUUAAAUCUGAGAAUCCAUUUGUUAUAUAUUUUAUGCAACCAUCAUACGUCUCGAAACCAUACAGUCUGCAAAUAUCACUCUUAUUUGCUGUGAAAUAUUUCCAAGAGAAAUGUGGCAAUUUAGUGCUUCGUGUUCCUGGAAGAGGAUCUUGGCCUGUCAAAUACGCUCUGGGAAAAUCAAAAUCAAAAAUUUGUUUCUCUUGGAAGGCAUUCGUACUGGACAAUAAGUUAAAUUUUGGAGACGUUUGUGUAUUUGAAUUGAUUAAGGGCGGCACUAAGCCCAUUCUAAAUGUCACUAUAUUUCGUGCAGCUGAGAGCAAACCAAUGCAUAAAAUAUAUGCAAAAUUUGCAGGGGUUUCGGAUCGUAAAAACAAGACUAUCAAAACUGAGAAAUCAGUUCCAUGUUCUCAACCCAAAAUAUUUCACAGCAAGAAACUGAAUCUUGAAAAGAAGCAGAAAGGAGAUUCAGAUGGAUUCACUUCAAAAAUUAAAGAAGAAUUCAGUGUCUUCACUGGGAAGCAUGUGCAACAAUCUAAGUCUUCUUGUAAGGGUAGUGCGGUGGCCAAAGAGAUGGUCUUAGCAUAUCAAAGAGCAAAAGCUUUUACAUCAGAAAAUCCAUUCUUCAUAUGUUUCAUGCAACCAUCAUAUGUGUCUUCUGCCAUCGGACCGAUGCAAUUGUCCAUAACGCUGCCGAUAGCUAGGAAAUUUUUUGCUACUAAACAUAGUGAUGUGAUACUUCAAAAUUCAAGCAAGAGAUCAUGGGCAGUAAAAUGUAGUCUUGGAACAGUAAACGCUAAGUUGACCUCCGGUUGGAAGGAGUUUGUGCUGGACAAUAACCUAAAAGUAGGUGAUGUUUGUGUGUUCGAAAGGGUUAGUAGAUCUAAACUAUUGUUCAAUGUCAUCAUAUUUACUUCUGCUGAAGGUAUGUAAGAUGGUUUCACUUGUUUAGUACUUUAAACUCCUAUGCAUAUUUUGUUUAACUAGUCUAUUUUAGUAAUUACUUCUGUUUGUUCAACCUUGGGAUCUCUGAUUUUGUAAACUUAAACUUGUUGUAAAGAGUUGAGCUUGCUCGACUCCAUGUUGUAUAUAAAUGCAGCUCUAUCUGGUCGUGUAUA